AUGAAUAAUAUAGUUGAAUAUGCAAUGAGAAAGGUUCUAUUUUUGUCUGUUUUUACUAUCUAUCUAUCUCAAUCUGUUUAUUAUCUAUCUAUCUAUCUAUCUCAGUCUGUUAAUUUUUAUCUAUCUAUCUAUCUAUCUAUCUAUCUAUCUAUCUAUCUCAUUUUGUUCAUUUUCUAUCUAUCUAUCUAUCUAUCUAUCUAUCUAUCUAUCUAUCUAUCUCAGUCUGUUCCUAUUCAUCUAUCUAUCUAUCCUAUUCAUUCAUCUAUCUAUCUAUCUAUCUAUCUAUCUAUCUCAGUCUGUUCAUAUCUAUCUAUCUAUCUCAGUCUGUUCAUAUCUAUCUAUCUAUCUCAGUCUGUAUCUAUCUAUCUAUCUAUCUAUCUAUCUCAGUCUGUUCAUAUCUAUCUAUCUAUCUAUCUAUCUAUAUAUCUAUCUACCUAUACAAACACUACCCACCAACAAACACCCACAAUAGCACACAUACAAAAAAAGCCACAAAUUUGCGCAUGUACACACUGCCAGCCAUAUCAGCAUUUUUUUUCCUCUUCUCUGUCUAUUUUCGCGCCAUAA